UUUCGACCCAUUUGCUUCUAUCGGUUUGUUCGAAUAUUUCUUUCAGCAAAAACCCCUUUUUUCAUUUUCUCUCUCGCAUUUGUCCUCGGUAGAUUAACCAACUAAAGAAAGGGAACAUCUACUUUUGAAUAGCGUGGUCGGCAAAAUAUAGAAGAUAAGUAGAGGUCUCUCUCAAUUUUGCCUUGCCCUUAUAUGCAAGGAAUAUUUUUUGGUCUGCUUGGAUAACUAGAUUCUGUGUGAAGUCAUCAUCACAGAGGAAGGAAGAAGUUUCCUUCAAAGACCGGAUUAUUAUAUAUAGACCUUAGUUUUCCUUGUUAAUUCAUCUUCACACUCUACCUCUUAUUGCUAAAAUCCUUCAUAGAAAUCAUCUUCAUACUCUAACUCUUGUUGCUAGAAUCUUUCACAGCAAAACUUCAAUUUCAUACUAGAAAAUGAAGAAAAUUGUGUUGAAAACAGAAAUGAAUAGUGAGAAAUGCAAGAGAAAGGUGUUGCAAACUAUUGCUGGGAUCCAAGGAGUUGACUCUGUAAGUGUGGAUUUAAAGGAGAAAAGGAUAACUGUGAUAGGAGAUGCAGACCCUGUGGUGUUAACAAAUAAGCUAAGAAAGUGCAGAUUUACAGAACUGGUUAGUGUGAGUGCCUUCAGAGAAGAGCAAGUGAGAUAUUCUGAUGAGAUAGGUGGGAGUCAUGUCUAUGGUAGACGCCCUUAUUCAAAUUCAUAUACUCCACCAGGAGGAUUCCAUGCUCUCACUGAUGGAGAUCAUUAUUCUUACUGAUUGACAGCUCUGUGCAGAGUACAUAUUGUAUAGAACAACAUGAUUUGUGAUAUUGGGUUAAGUGAAAAAAACCCAAUUCAUGAGAUUGCUCUUUGGAGUGAAGUUUUUAUGUUUUACUUCGGCCUCCAUCUUCUUUUAGUGAUCCAUGGCUGGAGCAUACCAGCUUAGAGUUGAGUUUCUAU